CACAUACACAUGUUAAUGUGUUAUAUACGUGAGUUUGUUCCUAACGUGUGUUUGUUCACAGGUAAAGCACUCAAUGAGAGGAAGGCGGAGGUGAGGAUCCAAUACCGUGAGGUGGCCGGGGACAUCUUCCACAACCAGAGCAAGAGGAACGAACUUGUUAUCCGUGUCCAGCCUGGAGAAGCCAUUUACUGCAAGGUGAUGACUAAAACCCCCGGCAUGUCAUUUGGCCUGGAGGAGACAGAAUUGGAUUUGACAUACGGAGAACGCUACAGAGGUGCCAAGUUGCCUGAUGCAUAUGAGAGACUCAUACUUGAUGUUUUCUGUGGAUCACAAAUGCACUUUGUCAGGUAUUAUGAAUAACGUCAAUUUUGCUU